GAAUGCAAGAGUGUUAAGGGGGUAAUCCGGCAAAUGAUAGACAGCGGAGAGCUGGGCAAAGAUUAUUUGCAAAAAGCCCAGGAGAAGAACCACCAGUGGGUUAGGCCAGCUAUCCCGGGGGAUGACCGGGACAACGACCGGCGGAGGAAUAACCGGCCGAAAAAGCGGCAACCUGCCCCUGAAAAGGAACACAUAGGCAUGAUCUUCGGCGGACCUGAGGGUGGAGACUCAGCCGCGCAACGGAAGAACUGGGUCCGGAGCAUUUACGUUGGUGAGGUAAGCGCUGAACCGCCCAGGCAUAAACAUACUAGGAGGGAGCCGAUCGUCUUUACUGACCGGGAUCUCCCUCCUACCGGUGAAGAUCACAAUGAUCCAUUGGUCAUCACCAUGGACAUUAAUGGGGUGGAUGUCGCCCGGGUACUUGUUGACACCGGUAGCAGUGUCAACAUCUUAUACUUGGAGACUUUCCAAAAACUCAGGUUGUGUCGGACACAACUUGAACCCCUCAAAACCCCUCUCUCAGGCUUCAAGGGAGACACCGUUGAAGCUGAAGGAUACAUAGUUCUACUGGUCGAACUAGGAUCAGGGGAGAAGACCGUGUGGAAGAACAUGCGGUUCAUCGUUGUGGACAUUAAAUGCGUCCACAACGCAAUUCUUGGAAGGCCAGGCAUCAAUAGAGUCGGGGCGGUGAUUUCCAUGCCUCAUCUAUGUAUGAAGUUCCACACUCCAGGUGGUGUGGGUGAGGUGAAGGGUGAACAGAGGAAUGCCCGGGAGUGCUAUGCCCGGGCAGUCAAGAAGAUGACCAAGGGGGUCAACGUCAUCUCCCAGGAAAUCACCAAGGGAGAGACCCGGGAGAAGUUGGAGCCUGAAGCAGAAACGGUGGAGAUUGAACUUCACCCGGGUGAUUCAUCAAGGAUGGUUAGAAUUGGAGCAAACCUCCCCGAAGAUCUCAAAGCAGAGAUUACACGGGUGCUCCAAGAAUACGCGGGCAUAUUUGCAUGGAGCGUGGCAGAUAUGCCCGGAAUUGACCGCUCAAUCAUAUGUCACCGGCUGGCAGUGAGGGAUGGAAGUCAACCGGUACGCCAGAAGAAAAGUUUGAUCGUUGGGCAAGUGACCGGUAACAUGGAAGCCAGGGAAGGGCCAAUGGCACAGUACAAGGACUUGGUACUUGCCUUAUUGAAAGGCUUCGAGGAAUUCAAGAUCGCCCAGAUCCCCCGGGGGGAAAAUGCGGAUGCAGACCUUCUCUCCAAAUUGACACAGUACGCUCCCGAGCAUGUUUCAAAACUUGCCCGGGUGGAAAUUCUCGACCGUGCCAGCAUCGAAAAAUUGGAAGUAGCCGCCAUAACAGGAGCAGACCAACCUGACCGGUCAAACAUGGUCGGAGCGGAUGACCACUGGAUGUAUGAUCUGAUGGAAUACCUGAUGGACGGAACCUUGCCGGAACAAGAUGACUGGGCAAGAAAAGUGAAGCUCAGGGCACCCCGGUUCCAAGUCCUUGACGGAAAGCUGUACAAGAGGGCAUUCGGAGGACCCCUCCUGAGGUGCCUCACCAACCGGGAGGCUGAGCGAGUCAUAGCAGAGGAAUCGAACUAUCAGCCCCAGCAAAACGAAGAAGACCACUUGGUCGAGCUCAACUUGGUCGAAGAACGAAGAAUGGCCGCGGAGAUUAAAAUGAGCACAUACCAGCAAGUUGUGAAGAAGUACCACGACAACAGGGUUGGGCCGCGAUACUUCCAAGUCGGCGAUGAAGUCUUGCGAAGAAGAGAGGCUAGUAGACCGGGCGAUGGGGGAAAACUGGCCAAACACUGGGAAGGCCCAUACCGGGUGAGAGCCAUCAUCCGCCCGGGAACCUACCGGUUAGAAACUUUAGAUGGUGUACCGGUAGAACGAACCUGGAAUUCCCACCAUCUUCGCAAGUUCUACAAGUGAUUGUAAUACUAGGCAAGGCCUACUUCAAUUAUCAACCAAAUUAAGGUUCAAUAUUCUACAUGGUAGCAGCAGAAUUGAUAGGUCAAACCUAUCCUAGGAGGGCUUCCCGGGUGGAUCGGAUCCACUCGGAUAAGCCAACUAAGACACAGGCCCGGACCUGACAUGCUGGUUACUACACCGGUCUUACUCAGUAUAAUAGAAAAAAUAUUAAAACCCGGA